AUGGGAAACCCUGAGGAAGAGGAGCAACCCCGUGCAUCAGACAUCACUGUUUUUGGUGCUAACUGCACGCUCCACGGGCUCAGUCACAUCUUCUUACCUGGUGGAGUAACUUUGCGUCGCCUGCUCUGGGCGUCUGCUUUCACAGCCUCUCUGUCCAUUUUUCUGUACCAGGUGUUUGGUGCUGUGAUGGAGUACUACCGCUACCCUCAUGUCACCAUACUGGACGAGAUGGAUAGUCCAGUUAUGUACUUCCCAGCCAUCACACUUUGCAAUUACAACAGCUUCCGUCGGUCAAAAAUGCUUCGGAACGACCUAUUCUGGAUGGCUGGGCUGCUUGGGGUGGAGCAGAGCGACUUUGAUGACUACAUGGCUGCCCUCGGCCAGCCAGUGGAUGACAGCAAGUUCUUCCCCAGCAAGACGUUCAAUAUGCUGGAGUUUGUGCAAAGAACCAGCCAUAACAUCGAGGAAAUGCUACUUGAAUGCAAAUAUCGCGGCAAGGAAUGUGGGCCAGAGAACUUUACCACAAUUUACACAAGAUAUGGAAAGUGUUACACAUUCAACUCAGGACUCGACGGCAACCCUCUGCUCACUACACUGAAGGGCGGCACAGGGAAUGGUCUGGAGAUCAUGUUGGAUAUUCAACAAGAUGAAUACUUACCAGUUUGGGGAGACACAGAUGAAACAUCCUAUGAGGCAGGCAUCAAGGUUCAGAUCCACAGUCAGGAUGAGCCCCCCUUCAUAGAUCAACUGGGAUUUGGCGUGGCUCCUGGUUUUCAAACUUUUGUGUCAUGUCAGCAGCAACGACUCCAGUACCUCCCUCCUCCUUGGGGUGACUGCAAAUCAACUCCCAUCGACUCAGAAUUCUUCUCAACCUACAGUAUCACUGCUUGCCGUAUAGACUGUGAAACACGCUAUCUACUAGAAAACUGCAACUGCAGGAUGGUUCACAUGCCAGGCACCUCUGCUGUAUGCACACCUGAGCAGUACAAGGACUGUGCAGACCCAGCCUUGGAUUUUCUAGUUGAGAAGGACAAUGACUACUGUGUGUGCGAGACUCCAUGCAACAUGACCCGUUAUGGAAAAGAAUUGUCUAUGGUGAAAAUACCAAGCAAAGCUUCUGCUAAAUAUCUGGCCAAGAAGUUCAACAAAACUGAGCAAUACAUUGGGGACAACAUAUUAGUGCUGGAUAUCUUUUUUGAGGCUCUGAACUAUGAAAAGAUUGAACAGAAAAAAGCUUAUGAACUUGCUGGGCUGCUUGGUGACAUUGGUGGACAGAUGGGUUUGUUUAUUGGAGCGAGUGUCUUAACAAUACUGGAAAUACUUGACUACUUGUAUGAGGUAUUCAAAGAUAAGAUACUGGGCUACUUCUUACGGAAGAGAAGACCACGGCGCUGUGCGAGUGAUAAUCUGGACUUUCCAGAGAACCCUACCAGCCCUGGUGUCUCGCCUAAUCAUGUCCCCAGAGCACAUGUGACACACUCCGGAGUCACUCGGACAGUCUCGGAUUCACGCAGAACAUGCUACCUCGUCACCCGACUGUAG